AUGCUCCAUAAAGACAUUCAUAUCGUUACUUCAGCCGACUUUAUUCCAUCUCUUCAUCGUCAAUAUAAAGCAGUUUCGCUAUGGGAGUUGGAGGCACAAUUCACAGUGAAAUUGGCUGGCUUGACUAAAGCUGCGGCAGACAGGAUGCACACCAAUAUGUCCUCAGAAGAGAAUCCAAGUCUGAUGCUCCAAGGAAUCAAGGUGAUCCAGGGUACACUCGCUUCCACGGAGUCCAUAAAAAGAAUGCUUCGUAUCGGAACACAAGUUACGAAAGACCAACUAGAUAAUUGGGCAAAUCUCGUUGGAAACAAUCAAAACAAUCAGAUCAACUUAUUGGAAUGGCUGCAACACCAAUUGACACUUGUUAUUACAGAAAGUUUGUAUGGGGAUAAGAACCCUUUUCGGGAUCCAGAGGUCGAAGCAGGAUUUUGGGCCUUCUCUGACGGUUCAUUAAAACUUUUGUUGCCAGAUUUCCUGUCGAACAUCAUCGCUACUGAAGCUGUGCGCGGUCGAGCUGCAGUCGUAAAGGGAUUCCAGGAUUACUUCUCGAACGGUGGGCAAGCUAGAGGCUCAGAUCUCAUGAAAAAUAGAUUUGAAUUGCUAGUCGAUCAUUCGGACAGUCGUCACAGCGACCUGGCGAAAAAUGAAAAUCUGAUCAAUAUUGCGGCCUUAUCCAACACAGUUCCUUCAGCAUUUUGGGUAAUCUAUCACUUAUUUUCUGAUGCCAAUCUUCUCGAACAGGUCCGGUCCCAAGUAGGAGAAUUGACCACAUCCGAAGUUUCAGCUCAAGGAGAGAUAGUCUGUAAGAUCGACCUACAGAAGCUAAUCCAACUACCAAUCCUUUCUUCAUUGAUUUUGGAAACUUUGAGAUACCGAUCAACUGGUACCGGACCCCGUCUCGUUAUGGAAGACACUUUUGUCGGUAAAGAUCAACAAUACCGACUUAAGAAGGAUUCUCUGGUAAUCAUCGCGAACAAGAGACUACACUUUGACAAGCGUGCAUGGGGAGACUCGGCGGAUUCCUUUCGUUUCGAUCGCUUCUACGGUAAAACUCCUGCAAAUGCAUUCCGUGUCUUUGGAGGAGGAGCAAAUAGGUGUCCAGGUCAGGGAAUUGUAACAAAUAUCAUUGCGGCCUUCGCAGGAAUGUUUGCGAUGAGAUUUGAUAUUAUCUCAAACGGAAAUGAUUGGACUGAUCCAGGCCAAGAUCUCGAGAACAUGUCUACUCAGACAGGUCCGCCAAAGAAGGAGUUCAUGGUAAACAUAGUACCCAGGGAGAGUACGAAGGAUGUAGUAUGGAGCUUCGAAAUGUAG